GGCUCAAUUUCAGUUCUUCACUCUUGUCUCUUGUCACUCUUCGCAGGGCUACUUGCCCAUUCCUUCGUUUCUGGGCCUUGAACGUCACGUUUGCCUCGAGGCAUCCCCUUCGAGCCUUUUUUUACUAUCGCUUAGCAAUAAUCCUCGUUAACCUGUGCUCACGUACUGUAAUUGUUGUCACAUGUCCAACAUGUCUUCCGCCACCCCGUCCCAAGAUGGGAACAGACCCGUCAUCCCCUCAAGUAGGCAGUCGUUGAGUGACAGCGUCAGCGACUCGCGCUACUCGGUGCCCCAAACUCCCAAUGGCCGACCUCCUGUGUCGCGACCCUUGACCAUGAAGAUUGAUGAAGAUUCGAGAUACCGUGCUAUCAUCAAGCAUCUCCACGCCAAGGCAUGCUCAAUGCGUUGGAUGACUGCUGGAGCUCAAUCACCUGGCUCUUGCGAAGGUGUCUUGAUCCGCAAGGGUCAAGGAGAAUAUGUCUCGGAGCCCGUAACUGCAGACCAGGACCUCGUGGCUGCAGUCAAGAGAAUCAACCCCGGUGUCGCUCUCACCAUGAGCACCGAUGGCACACAGGCCGUGUUCGAUGUCCUCGAGCCCUUUGAAACCGAGUUGAUGUUCCAGAACGGUUCCCAGAUUCAAAUAUUCGAGUCCAUGGCCGAAGUCGCUACAUCUAGCACCAUCCGCAAGUUCCAGUAUGCUGCCCUCAUCCGACAAGAAAGGCUCCUGCUUGUCUGGCACGAUGACCUUGGUGCUAUUCUUUCUCAGGCCAUGGAAGUCGAGUCCAGGAUCCUCGGUCUCGUCUGGGGUACAGCCAAGAACCCCUUCAGCGGCUUCGACAGCGCCGUUCAGUCCAGUGCAAACUCCACCCUUGGCGGCUCCACGAUGGAUUUCGACAUGGGUAAGAAGGAAGACGUCGAAGUCUCCACAGAGGAAGUCGACGGCGACGCCGAGAAGGGACAAGGCCCCAAGGAAUCACUUGCUCGUCCACUCAUUUUCACCAGCUCCCUCUACAUCGGUCUCGCCAUGAGCUUGAUCUUGGUUCCAGUCUUGGGACUUGGUAACAGAGCGCUUAUCCUCGAGACCAUGACCGACAAGUUCUACCCUCGUCUUCUGCUUAUCCUCGUUGAACCAUUCUGGAUCGCCUUGGGUCUUUUCUUCGUCGUCGUCGUCUUGGGCAAUGUCUUCCAAGUUUUUGGUCCUAUCACUGGCGUUUUGACCAACAGUCGUUUCCACUCUGCCAUCAAGCCGAAUCUCGUCCAGGCCCGCUCUCUAGGUUUCACCCCGUCCACCAUCACCAUCCAGAUGCCCAUCUACACUGAAUCUCUAGAGGGUGUCGUCAAGCCCACCGUAGCCAGUCUGCAAGCCGCCAUCUCUUACUACGAAUCUCGUGGUGGAACCGCACGCAUCUUCAUCAACGAUGACGGUAUGGCUGUCCGUUCUGAGGAGGACAACGAAAAGUUUCUGCGCUUCUACGAGAACAACAAUAUCGGAUGGGUCUCGCGUCCCAAGCACAACCACGAGGGCUUCGUCCGCCGCGGAAAAUUCAAGAAGGCUUCCAACAUGAACUUUGCUCUCAACACCUCCAACCGUGUCGAGGAUGUCCUCCAACAAUUAGUCGACUCUCGCUACCCCGACAAUGCCUCCAUCACCGAAGAGCAAGAGCUUGCGCUAUACCAUGAGGCCCUCGACCAGGUUCUUACCGCCGACCCUCGCGCCAAAGCUGGUGGUAACAUCCGUAUGGGUGAGAUUAUUCUUAUCGUCGAUUCCGAUACCAUUGUUCCCGAAGACUGCCUCAUGUACGGUGCCGCCGAAAUGUAUCUCUCGCCCGAAGUUGCCAUUGUCCAACACGCCACUGGUGUCAUGCAGGUUUCCUGGGAUUACUUCGAGAACGGUAUCACCUUCUUCACCAACCUCGUCUACGCUGCUAUUCGCUUCGCUGUCGGCAGCGGUGAGGUCGCUCCUUUCGUCGGUCACAACGCCUUCUUGCGCUGGCAGGCUGUUCAGUCUGUUGGCAAUCCUCCCGAAGAGGAUGGCUACGUCUGCUUCUGGUCUGAGAGCCACGUUUCCGAGGACUUCGAUAUCGCGCUUCGUCUCCAGAUUGCGGGCAACAUUGUUCGUCUUGCCAGUUACCACGGCCGUGGGUUCAAGGAGGGUGUGUCACUCACCAUCUUCGACGAACUGGAUCGAUGGGAGAAAUACGCUUACGGUUGCAACGAGCUUGUCUUCAACCCCCUCCACACCUGGCUAUGGAAGACCCCUUUCACCAAGCUCUUCCGCACCUUCCUCUGGUCCAACAUCCAGCUUUCUUCCAAGAUUUCCAUCUGCGGUUACAUCUUCUCGUACUAUGCUAUCGGAUCCGCUGUUCCUCUUGGUGCUCUGAAUUACUUCCUGGUCGGUUGGCUCAACGGUGAACUUGACAAGUACUACAUCGAGUCCUGGAAGAUCUUCGUCACCUUGCUGGUUGUCUUCAACUUGAUGUCCAACGCCUGCUUUGCCAUCAUGCGUUAUCGUAUCGGUGAGGCCAGCCUUAUCGGUGCCUUUGCUGAAAACAUCAAGUGGAUGCCCUUCUUUAUGGUCUUCUUCGGUGGUGUCUCGUUCCACAUCCUGCUCGCCAUCUGCUCUCACAUGUUCUGCAUCGACAUGAGCUGGGGUGCCACAGCCAAGGAGAAGGACAACUCCAACUUCUUCGCCGAACUGCCCAAGAUCUGGAAGCGCUUUAAGUGGAUGUACAUGCUCAUGUUUGCCUUCAUCGGUGGCAUGAUUUACCUCGGCUGCUUCGCUCCUCACGGCUGGGAGAUUACUGGCAUGACUGCUGUUGUUCCUUGGUCCGUCACUGUAAUCAUGCACUGCCUGGUGCCCAUCGUCCUCAACCCGUCCUUGACGGUCUUCAACUACUAAGUUCGUUUUAUGAUUAGAUGGUUUCUCUUUUUGUCGGAUCAGCGGCUGCGGCGUUGGAAAAUUGGCGGCCAGUUGGCAUACUUGGUCGGGAUACAUGGAGCGGAUUAUCGCAUCUAAAAGGGCCUCGUUUCCCUCAUCAUCAUCGCCUUUACUAGACUCUCAAGGCUUUUCCUUGUGUUAAUUUUUAUUCAAUACGAAAUGGUAUUUCCAUACUCACAGUCGGUUCCUCUUAUUGCGGGCCUGCCGUUCAUUUUCCAC